AUGAGCUGGCAAUCCGGCAGCAUCCGAAGUGGAGGUGGGAGCAAGGGCUUCAGUACAGUCUCUGCUGUGGUUCCAAGUAGCCACAGAGCCAGCUUCAGUUCGGUUUCCGUGUCAAGAGGCAGCGGAGGUUUCGGAAGGCUCAGCGGCGGAGGCAGUUUUGGCAGCCGGAGCCUCUAUAACCUAGGGGGCACUAAGAAAAUUUCCAUCGGUGGUGGGAGCAACCUCCGGAGUGGAUUUGUGGGUGGAGCUGCUGGCGGUGGUGGGCUCAGUAUUGGUGGUGGAGCCGCUGGGAGUGGAUUUGGCUUUGGUGGCAGUGGGCUUGGUUUUGGUGGCGGGGGAGGCUUUGGUGGAGGUAGAAGUCCAGCAGGAUUUGGGGGUGGCACUUUACCUGGCAUGGGUACCAUCCAAGAAGUGACGGUCAACCAAAGUCUCCUGGCGCCACUGAACCUGGAGAUUGACCCAAACAUCCAACAGGUGCGAAAAGAGGAGAAGGAGCAGAUUAAGAGUCUCAACAACAAAUUUGCUUCUUUCAUUGACAAGGUCCGCUUCCUGGAGCAGCAGAACAAGGUGCUUGAGACCAAGUGGACCCUGUUGCAGGAUCAGGGUCAGAAAUCCAAUUCCAACAAGAAUAACCUUGAACCCCUCUUUGAGUCUUAUAUCAACAACCUGAGGAAGCAGCUGAACCACCUGUUAAAUGAAAGAGGGCGGAUGGAGGGAGAACUGAAGAACACGCAGGACCUUGUAGAGGAUUUUAAGAACAAAUACGAAGACGAAAUCAACAGGCGCACAGCCGCGGAGAAUGAGUUUGUGGUGCUCAAGAAGGACGUGGAUGCCGCCUAUAUGAACAAGAUAGACCUGGAGGCCAAGGUGGAUGCCUUGAUGGAUGAGAUCAACUUCCUCAGAACCCUCUAUGACGCGGAACUGGCCCAGCUCAAUGUCCAGGUGUCUGACACCUCUGUCAUCCUGUCAAUGGACAACAACCGAGACCUGGACCUUAGCAGCAUCGUGAACGAAGUCAAAGCGCAGUACGAGGACAUUGCUAACAGGAGCCGAGCCGAGGCUGAGUCAUGGUAUCAGAACAAGUUCGAGGAGCUGCGAGCCACUGCUGGGAAACACGGCGAUGACCUGCGGAACACAAAGGGAGAAAUCUCAGAGCUCAACCGGCUGACCCAGAGGUUACGGGCUGAGAUUGAGAAUGCAAGGAACCAGUGCGCCAGUCUGCAGACGGCGAUCGCCGACUCCGAGGACCGUGGCGAGCUGGCUCUCAAAGACGCCAGGAUGAAGGUGGCUGAUCUGGAGGAUGCUCUCCAGAAGGCCAAGCAGGACAUGACGCGCCAGCUGCGGGAGUACCAGGAGCUGAUGAACGUCAAGCUGGCCCUGGAUAUCGAGAUCGCCACCUACAGGAAGCUGCUGGAGGGAGAGGAGAGCAGGCUGAGCGGAGAGGGCGUCAUCCCCGUCAGCUACUCGGUGGUCAGCUCUAGCGCUGGAGUUGGUGGCGGAGCUGGUUUAGGAGGAGGAUUUGGCGGUUUUAGCGCAGCAGGAGGCGGAGGAGGAUUCGGCUAUGGAGGUGGAAGUGGUCUCGGUCUCGGAGGCGGAGGGUUCGGCUUUGGAAGCGGCGGCGGCGGCUUCGGAGGGGGCAGCAGCUUUGGCUAUGGAGGUGGCAGCGGGCUGAGCGCCGGAGGAGGAAAUUUCAGCACCGGAAGCGGGAAAGGCACUGGGGUGGGAACCAGCGUGGGCGUGAAAAUUGUCUCCAAAACCUCUUCCAGCAAAAAGACCAUUAAAAGUUAAGCUUGAGGAAUUCCCCACAGCUCAAGUCAUAGAUAGACCACUCCCCCCAUCCACGUAUAAUUGCC